AUGUGGCUCACAGAUCAGCAAAAGAUCGGAGCAGCGCUAGUCUCUUUCGGCUCGCUCUUCCUCGUGCUAGGUAUCCUGCUCUUCUUCGAUGCGGCACUUCUAGCACUAGGCAACGUCCUCUUCACAGCCGGAAUAACGCUCCUAAUAGGUCCUCAAAAGACGUUUUACUUUUUCGCUCGCAAACAAAAAUUGAGGGGAACGGUGUGCUUUUUCGUGGGAAUGCUGCUCGUCUUUGCCAAGUGGACCUUUUUCGGCAUGCUCAUCGAGAUUGUUGGAUUUUUGAACCUCUUCGGAGACUUUUUCCCCGUCAUUCUCAAUUUCUUGAGACAGUUACCAUUCAUCGGUCCAGCAUUGAGUCUGCCCGUGGUCAGAGGGGUGCUGGACAAGCUGGCAGGCACACGACAAUCGGCCGUUUGA